GAUGUGAAAUAUGUUUUGCCCCUUAUGACCCACCUGCCCUGCGAAGUGCGAACUCUCAGAAAUUUCUCCCGAAUUCAAAGUUUCGCACCGUCUGGCGGGAAACGCAUCUAAUACAGAACACUUUCAUAUAAUGGAUGGAAAUGAUACAUCUUCUGACCAAGUCAUUGAAAAAUUGAUUGAAAUGGGAUUUGAGGAUUUUGCCGUCAAAGAAGGUGUAAAAGCAAGGGGUCCAUCAUUUGUUGAUGCACUUGACUAUAUCUUGAAUGGUCCUUGUAGAAAUGGUGGGGGCACGUCAAGUAGUUCUAGAUGUUCCACGGGCAAUAGAAAGGCUCUGCAAAAGAGAGCCUUUUCCUCCUUGCAUCCUUCAAGUGAAACGCGACAGUCUAGCAUACUGGACCAUUUCCAAUUCAAAGCUAGACCAAAACCAAGCAAGGUUGAUGUUGUACCUGAUAUGUUGGUGUCUGGAUCAAAUGUGUCGCCUUCUUAUGUAGAGGACCAUAGGGAUUGCACUCAAGAGUUAGAAAUUGGAACAGAUUGGGAGAAGAAAGUUAUCAGUCUGUUGCAAAAUCAUUUUGGUUAUUCAUCUCUGAAGAAUUUCCAAAAGGAAGCAUUGGCUGCCUGGUUUGCUAACCAAGAUUGCCUUGUUCUUGCUGCAACAGGGUCUGGAAAAUCACUGUGUUUUCAGCUUCCAGCAUUAUUAACAGGGAAGGUUGUAGUGGUGAUUUCCCCCUUGAUUAGCUUGAUGCAUGAUCAGUGCUUAAAACUUGCAAAACACGGGGUCUCUGCUUGCUUUCUUGGGUCUGGGCAACCUGAUAGUUCUGUGGAACAGAAAGCAAUGAGAGGCAUGUAUGACAUAAUAUAUGUUUGUCCAGAGACAGUUUUAAGAUUGAUAAAACCACUUCAGAGGCUUGCAGAAAGUCGUGGAAUUGCUUUAUUUGCAAUUGAUGAAGUCCAUUGUGUUUCCAAGUGGGGCCAUGAUUUUCGGCCUGAUUACAGGCGAUUGUCUGUGUUGCGGGAGAACUUCAGUGCUUGCAAUUUAAAAUUUUUAGAAUUUGAUAUACCACUGAUGGCAUUGACUGCUACUGCCACAAUACGGGUUCGAGAAGACAUUCUUAAGUCUCUAUCCAUGUCAAAGGAGACAAAGAUUGUGCUUACUUCAUUUUUCCGGUCAAAUCUUCAGUUUUCGGUAAAACAUAGUAGAACAUCUUCACCAUCUUCCUAUGGGAAGGAUUUCUGUGAACUGAUAGACAUUUACGUCAGAAAGAGAGAGACUGGUUACAAGAAACAGAUUAUAAUGUCACAAGAAUUAGGUGGUGCAUCUGAUGGCCCUGAUAUUAGUUGCAUAUAUAAGGCAGAUGGAAUCUCUCGAAAUGAUCUAAACCACACUGAGGAUUCGAAUUCUGACAGAGAUAUUGAUGAGCCAUAUUCAAUGAAGGAAAAUGGGUCAACAGCUAUGAAGGGAAAAGAAAUGUCCAUUGAAUAUUUGGAAAAUGAUGUGGAUGUCUUUCAUGGUGUGGAUGAUUGGGAUGUUGCCUUUGGUGAAUUCUGUGGGCAAUCUCCUCGUGCAUGCUGGGGUUCGAGUGGGUUAUCAAAGACAGUCAAUCCACCAAAUGAGCCUUUAGAGCAAGGAUUGACCAUUAUAUAUGUUCCUACUAGAAAAGAGACAUUGAACAUCACAAAAUAUCUUUGUGGGCGUGGUGUGAAGGCUGCUGCUUAUAAUGCUUCAUUGCCAAAAUCACAUUUAAGGCGGGUUCACAAGGAAUUUCAUGAAAACAGUUUAGAGGUUGUUGUUGCAACAAUUGCUUUUGGAAUGGGAAUUGACAAGUUGAAUGUCCGAAGAAUUAUCCACUAUGGUUGGCCACAGAGUUUGGAGGCAUACUAUCAAGAAGCUGGUCGAGCUGGCAGGGAUGGGAAAUUAGCAGAUUGCACUCUGUAUGCAAAUCUAACACGAGUACCAUCACUCUUGCCGAGCAAAAGAAGUGAAGAUCAGACGAAACAAGCAUAUAAGAUGCUAUCUGACUGUUUCAGAUAUGGCAUGAAUACUUCUCGCUGUCGGGCCAAGACACUUGUGGAGUACUUUGGGGAGGAUUUUAGUUAUGAGAAGUGUCUCUUAUGUGAUGUUUGUGUUGAUGGACCUCCUGAAAUGCAGAAUUUGAAAGAGGAGGCAGACGUGUUGAUGCAGGCUAUUGCUGCUCAUCAUGAGAAGGAAAGUUUUAUGGAUGGCUCAUAUGACGAUGCUACAUGCACUGGCAGGAAGCAACGGCACUCUAUGGAAAUGCCGAAUCUCAGAAUGCUUGUUAGUAAAAUAAGGGAGCAGUCACAAAAAUUUGUGGCAACUGAUCUGCUAUGGUGGCGAGGUCUUGCACGGAUUAUGGAAGAUAAAGGAUACAUCCAAGAGGCAGAUGAGAAGAUUCAUGUUCAGAUUCAAUUCCCAAAGCCAACAAAACUCGGCCUGGAACUUUUGCAAUCUGAAAAGGAUCAAUUUUUUUAUGUUUAUCCGGAGGCAGAUAUGCUGCUGUCAGUGAGCAAGCGUAAAUCUUGUACAACUUUCACAGAAUGGGGAAAAGGCUGGGCAGAUCCUGAGAUCCGACGCCAGCGCUUAGAGAGGAUGCAAGUGCAAUCGAAUAGAAAGCCAGAAAGGUCAACUGGGCCAUGGAAACGAAAGCGGCGAGGACCACAAACCUCACGAAGUAGAAAAUCAAGUAAACGCAACCCAGAUUUAAGAACAGUUAGAGGAAGGAUAGAAUCGAAACUCUCAAAAUAUCAGUGAUCAAGGUGCCAUUGAAUCUGAUAGCAUAAAACAUAUCUUUAAGAUUCGAUUGGGUUGUUUUGAUCUUCAAUAACAGUUAUUAAAUUUUUGAAAAGCAGGGUUUUGUAUAUGCACUGCAUGUUAAAGAGCAUAUCAUAUCAUAUUUGAAAGGAAUUAGAGAAGUUUUUUUUU